AAAUGUUUGUGAAUUCUUAAUUUUAUUGGCCAUUUUGGUUAUAUCCAAACAUUUUUAGUAUCGUUGAUGAAUUAGAAAUAUUGAGGCAUCGGUUGAUCCUGCUCUUUCUCUCUCCUCUGCUCUCUCUUAGAUCUGCCCACCCGCCACUCCGUCCGCGACCAUACGUCACCACUGUUCAGGUAACGCCGGCGACUAGGUAACGCCGACCACUUUUCCGGCUAGAUUUACUUUUCUUCUCUCUUUCCUUUUCUUCUUCUCCUCUUCUUCUUCUCUUCUCCUUUUUUCCCCCCUUUUGUAAUCUGCUUCUGGCGCUGCCAGUACGCCGCUGCGCCAUCGCCGACGACUUUUUCCGGCCAGCCCUCUCUUUCUCUCUCCUUUUUCCCCUUUUCUUUUAUUUUUCUUUUCUUCUUUUUCCCCCCUAUUCUCUUCUCCCUUUCAGGUAUUUGUGAACAUUUUUCCGGCAGUGAACAGUAACUCGACCGUGAACAGUGUUUUCCGACGACAACCAAGUUCAGUUCAACUGGAGUUGGUACCUCCGGUUGUCAUAUCCAUUAUUUGUCCAUACAUUUGUAGUUAUAUUUUGCUGACUUUAGACCUUUGAAUAAUUUAUUAGUUCAUACUUUUUUUCAUGGCUUUGGUUAGUGAUGGUAGACUAGGGUCAUGUUCUUGUUCGGGGACGGGAGCGAGGGUUAGGAGGGGUAAGUGGGUUAAAGGGGCCUCUAGGUUGAGAGUAGGGUCUUGGAACAUUGGGACGUUAACGGGGAAGUCCAUAGAGCUAGUUAAGAUUCUUAAGAAGAGGAAGAUUAAUAUAGCUUGUGUCCAAGAGACUAAAUGGGUAGGUCCUAAAGCUAAAGAGGUAGAUGGGUAUAAGCUGUGGUUCUCUGGUUGGUCGAAGUAUAGAAAUGAGGUGGGCAUUUUAGUAGAUAGUGAUUUAAGGGACCAGGUGGUAGAGGUUAGGAGAGCCACUGAUAGGAUGAUGUCGAUUAAAGUGGUCCUUGAAGGGCUCACUUUGAGCAUUAUUAGUGCAUAUGCGCCGCAAGUGGGCUUAGGCGAGGAGGAGAAGAGGCGCUUUUGGGAGGAUUUGGACGAAUUAGUGAGAGGCAUACCACCUACCGAGAAGUUAUUCGUGGGAGGUGAUUUCAAUGGGCACAUCGGGCCUAUUUCGGGAGGUUAUGAUGAUGUGCAUGGAGGCUUUGGCUUCGGGGACAGGAAUGGAGGAGGAGUCUCACUUUUGGAUUUUGCAAGAGCUUUCGGGUUGGUGAUAGCCAAUUCGAGUUUCCCAAAGAAGGAAGAGCACUUGGUAACCUUCCGUACUUCAGUGGCUAAGACCCAAAUAGACUUUUUACUCCUUAGGAAGGACGAUAAAGGUCUGUGCAAAGACUGUAAGGUCAUUCCGAACGACUAUCUUACAACCCGACAUAAGCUCUUGGUGAUGGAUUUAGGGAUCAAGAUGACGAGGAAGAAGAGGGUCGUGGAUGACCGACCUAGGAUCAGAUGGGGGAGUUUGACUACGACUAGUGCCGUGGAGAUGGGAGAGAAAUUGAAGGUUAUGGGGGCCUGGGAUAGUACUGGGGAUGCGACAAGUAUGUGGGAUAGGACGGCUAGUUGCAUUAGGGCGGUAGCAAGGGAAGUGUUGGGGGUCUCGACAGGUAGUCGUGGCCAGUAUCGAGGGGACUGGUGGUGGAAUGGAGAAGUUCAAAGGAAGGUGGAAGCAAAGAAGGUGGCGUGUGCGAAGUUGAUAGAAAGCAAGGAUGAGGUGGAGCAGUGGACGAAUAGGGAACUUUAUAAGAUGGCGAGGAAGGAGGCGAAGUUGGCGGUUUCGACGGCAAAAACGAUAGCUUUUGAACGCCUUUAUGCUGAACUAGAAGAGAAAGGAGGGGAUCAGAAAUUGUUCAGGCUAGCCAAGGCGAGGGAGAGAAAGGCACGUGAUGUGGUUCAAGUGAAGUGCAUCAAGGACGAGCAUGGCAAAGUAUUGGUAGAGGAGACUCUCAUUAGACGGAGAUGGCAAUCAUACUUCUCCAAACUCUUAAAUGAAGAAGGGGACAGAGACAUUGUGUUGGGAGAUUUAGAACAUAAAGGAAGGCGUCACGAUUUUGGGUAUUGCAGGAGUAUUAAGGUUGAGGAGGGUAAGGGUGCUGUUCGUAGGAUGCGCAGGGGAAGAGCGACCUGACCUGACGAGAUUCCUGGGGAAUUUUGGAAGAGUGCGGGCCCGACAGGUUUGGAGUGGCUGACUAGGUUGUUUAAUGUCAUCUUUAAGACGGCAAUGAUGCCUGAAGAAUGGAGGUCGAGUGUAAUGGUCCCUCUAUACAAGAACAAGGGAGAUAUCCAGAGUUGCAACAACUAUAGAGGUAUCAAGCUGCUAAGCCAUACUAUGAAAGUGUGGGAAAGGGUGGUGGAGAUGAGGGUGAGGAAAGACGUGUCUAUUUCAGAGAAUCAGUUCGGAUUCAUGCCGGGACGCUCAACUACAGAGGCCAUCCAUCUUGUGAGGAGACUGGUGGAGCAGUAUAGGGAGAGGAAGAGGGACUUACACAUGGUAUUCAUCGACCUAGAAAAGGCUUACGACAAAGUUCCAAGAGUGAUCCUAUGGAGAUGCUUGGAGGCUAAAGGUGUACCUGUGGCGUACAUUAGGGUGAUCAAGGACAUGUAUGAGGAAGCCAAAACCAGGGUAAGGAUAGUAGGGGGAGACUCAGAGCACUUUCCAGUUGUGAUGGGGUUGCAUCAAGGAUCAGCUCUUAGUCCGUUUUUAUUUGCCUUGGUGAUGGAUGGAUUGACGCGGCAACUUCAAGGUGAGGUGCCAUGGUGUAUGCUUUUCGCAGAUGACAUAGUCCUGAUCGACGAGACUCGUAGCAGAGUUAACACUAAGCUGGAGGAUUGGAGACAAACUCUGGAGUCUAAAGGGUUUAAGCUGAGUAGGACCAAGAUAGAGUACUUAGAGUGUAAGUUUAGUGAAACACCUCAGGAGGCUGGCUUGGAAGUGAGGCUUGGUACCUAAGCCAUCCAGAAGAAAAGUAGUUUCAAGUAUCUUGGGUUUAUUAUGCAAGGCAGCGGGGAGAUUGACGAUGAUGUCACACAUCAUAUUGGGGCAGGGUGGAUGAAAUGGAGGCUUGCUUCCGGAGUGCUAUGUGACAAGAAGGUGCCACCACAACUUAAGGGCAAGUUCUACAAAGUGGUGGUUAGGCCGACUAUGUUGUAUGGGGCGGAGUGUUGGCCAGUUAAGAUUUCUCACGUUCAAAAGAUGAAAGUUGCUGAGAUGAGAAUGUUGAGAUGGAUGUGUGGCCACACCAGGAGUGACAGGAUUAGGAAUGAGGAUAUUCGGGACAAGGUGGAAGUGGCCUCGGUGGAAGACAAGAUGCGAGAAGCGAGAUUGAGAUGGUUUGGGCAUGUGAAGAGGAGAGACACAGAUGCCCCAGUGCGGAGGUGUGAGAGGUUGGCCAUGGAUGGUUUCAGACGAGGUAGGGGUAGGCCAAAGAAGUAUUGGGGAGAGGUAAUUAGACACGACAUGGCGCAGUUACAGCUUACCGAGGACAUGACCUUAGAUAGGAGGGUUUGAAGGACCCACAUUAGGGUAGAAGGCUAGUAGAUAGUCUCAUUUUCCUGUCUUAUUAGUAGUCGCAUUAUCGUAGUAUAAUUUCUUGUGCUCUGAUUUAUGCUAUUAUCUGUUAUUUCCUGUGCUUUGAUUAUUCUAUGUUAUCUGUGUCGCUUGCGUUACUUCAUUUCCAUAUCGCUUUGAAUCUCUUAGCCUUAUCUGACCUCUUUUUAUGUUUUUUAUUGAGCCGAGGGUCUUUCGGAAACAGCCGUCCUACCUUGGUAGGAGUAAGGUCUGCGUACACUCUACCCUCCCCAGACCCCACGUUGUGGGAUUUCACUGGGUUGUUGUUGUUGUUGUUGAUGAAUUAGAAAUAUUUCACAUCAACAGAUAGUUCUUCAUGAACUUGAAAAAAAAAAAAUCCAAGAUUACUCACUAUCGUGAAAGAUUUCUACUUAAAACAAUGAAGUGACUUGUGCUUUUACAAGAUGGACGUUAAGCCCUUCAUCCAGAACAUUUUCAGGUAUUAUAUUGCACUUGAUAUCGACACCGGAGGACCUAGCCGCCUUAUGAACUUUGCAAGACAAUGUCACAACCUAAAACUCUUUCUUCAAGUAUCCACAGGCAAGUCAGUUCCCAGAUAUAUAAAAAGUUACUAGAAAAAUCGGUCACCGAUUUAUCAGUUCCAUUGAUCUUUAACUUGAAUGAUAUGUCUAUUGAUCAAUGAGAUUAGUUACAGGAUCGUUUCAUGUUGAAAACAGCGUAUGUUAAUGGACAACAAGGUAGAAUUAUGGAAAAGCCAUUCUGAAUUGGAGAUAGUAUAGCAAGGGAAAAUCUUCUCUCUGGAAUAUGCAGCAUCAACCAUAGUUUUAAAUCCUUGUUUCACCCUUGUUUUUUCAAUCCUCCAUUUGUAUAAUACAUUUUUAUAUUAUAUAUAAUAUUUAUUUUUUAAAUUUAGGUAUUUAUAAAUUCUUAUUUAAGUUCAUUAACAUUAUAAGUAGAAUAAUACUUUUAUGAAUUUGUAACAAAAUCUAAUGCUAUUUUUGAUGUUUUUUAUUUCAAUAUUAUAUGCAGUAAGUAUGUAUAUAUGUAUGUACGCGCAUGUAUAUAUAUUUAAGUUUCACUUCUUUCUUA